CUUUUGGAGGAGCAGAGGAUUGACAGUGAUGUCAUAGCACUGAUGGACGAUGCCACCCUUGCCAAUUAUGUCCCGUGCUAUGGAGACCGUAUAGCACUCUUCAAUUUUUGCAAGACUCAACAGCUCCCAUCCCAAAAGAAAAAUGGACUUUUGGAAAAAUUACGUGAAAAAAUGAAAAUCAGGAAAGAAAGCGGGAAAGAAGACACUUCCUCAAAGACACAACAAGCAAGACAGACAAAGAAGAGGCAGAAAACAACCAGAAAUGUUGCAAUCGGAUGGAUACACAGUGAUGGAAAAAUAACCAAACAGGUGAGGGAGAAGCAGGGAGGGGGUACCAGAAAACUUCAAAUGUCCACAGAAUCUGGGUUGAAAGACAUUCUCAAGGAAGGAAAGAAACUAUUUUUCCCCAAUGGGAUUUCUCCAAAAGGAUCUGAAUUGGGCUUUCAGUUUGAGGUGUGGGAUUUCAAACAAAACCUCCUCACUGAUGAAACCUGCCAGUCCAUCGGCAAUAUGUAUGAGGCUGCAAAGCUCACGUUGUUGCGCUUUUACAUUGCAACAAAGCCAAAGGACGACCGCCACGAUGGCAGCACAGCGUCCAAAGAAGUCUUGGUUUUGUCACACAACGCCAGUGACAACAACUCUGAAAUUGAAGAGGUCUUUGUCGAUUCAAAUGAAAUCUACACGGCAUUCGACAUUUCUGUUGAUUCAGAAAUUACUUUUGGCCCCACGUACAACACAGAGGGAGAUGCAGACAUCACACUUAUCUAUGAUGGUCCACCUGAUCCACAAGAUGUGAUGACAAUAACUGUCCACUACACUGACACAUUGAAUGAUAUGAUCAUAGCAUUCUCUGAAAAUGCAAUCUUGAACAAAUCACUCAAUGUGAAACUCAUACUCCCAGAUAAUACAGAAGAAGCAGGUGUUGGAUCUGGAGUGCUGAGAGAUGUUCUCAGCUGCUUCUGGCAGGAAUUCUAUGACCGAUGCACCCUUGGUACACCAAUUAAAGUACCAUUCAUUCGCCAUGAUUUUCCUGCAGAAAUGUGGAAAGCAGUUGGGAGAAUUCUUUAAAAGGGAUACCAAAAUUGUUGCUGCUUCCCGAACAAACUUGCGUUUCCUUUCCUCGAGCAGGUGCUUUUCAACUGUGUCUAUAGUGAUCUAAAAGCCCGUUUUCUGCAGUUUGUGAGUAGCCAAGAGCGUGAAGUUUUGAUGAAAGCCAUGAAGGACUUUUCAGAAGUGGACCGAGAUAAUCUUGUGGAAGUUCUUGACAGCUACGGGUGUAGAAAAAGAAUCUCUGCUGAAACCUUUCCCACAAUACUGCAGGAAAUAGCACACAAAGAGCUUAUCCAAAAGCCCAUGUUUGUGAUUGACUGUUGGAGGGAGGUUACUCUUCACCGUGUCUCCAUCAGUCUUGAAGCACUGAACAAGUUGUGCUCGGACUUGCAACCUACCUCAAAAAAAGUCUGCCAACUGCUGAAAUUUGCAACUGAUUUAACCCCAAAGCAGAAGGAAGUGAUAAAUCAUCUGAAAAGGUUCAUCAGAGAGUUGGAUGAAUUCAAGCUUCAGAAGUUUCUCCGGUUUUGCACUGGAUCUGAUCUUAUUGUAACCAACGCCAUUCUUGUGGAGUUCCAGGAAAUGACUGAGUUUAGUAGAAGGCCGGUGGGGCACACAUGUGGAAAGGUUCUGCAUAUUGCUGACAGCUAUGAAAAUUUUCCAGAUUUCCGAUCGGAAUUCAAUGCUGUUCUUGAAAGCAAUGUCUGGGUGAUGGACAUUGUUUAGCUUUUUCAUACCUGUAACUAUGUUAAUAAGCCAUCGUAGGUUGCAUCAGCACUACAUGGCUUGGGUACAUUACAUUGUUCACUGUUUACAAUAAGUUUGUAGAAACAAACGUUGCAUUGUUUGCUGUUUUUAUAGUUACUGUACGUAGAAAUAACUUGGAUUUGGUGUUAUAUUACAGUAUUAUACAGUUCUGGGGUUUUAUUUUCAAAAAGGCCUAAGAAGUUAUACAUAACCAUUGGAUGGUUGUUUCAACAGCUAUGCUGUAUUAUUUAGGUCCAUGCUUCUAUUAUUAAAAGUAAGAAUUUAUUGUGUUCAAUAAACUUACUCUUCAUUCAC